AUGACUGUCGACACGAAGGCCAAGCUCUCCACUACUGAUGGUGCUCCCACCCCGGAUGCUUCCUUCUACCGGUCCAUUGUUGGUGCCUUGCAGUACUUGACACUCACUCGACCCGAGUUGCAGUAUGUUGUUCGGCAGGUGUGUCUCCACAAGCAUGCUCCUCGCGAUGUUCAUUGGUCUCUGGUGAAGCGGAUUCUCCGGUACAUCCGUGGUCACAUGGACCUUGGCAUCACCUUGCAGGCUUCACCCUUCACCGACAUCGUCGCCUACUCGAAUGCUGACUGGCUGGUUGUCCGGACACUCGUCGCUCUACCACCGGGAAACAGUGGUACAGGGAAGCAGCAGAGCCAGCUCGAGGCGAGGCCUCUCACGAGGAGAGGCCAGCGCGACGGUGGCUCGCAGUAA